UUUAUCUAUGAAUAUGAGGAUGUUCUAUUUGUUUUUUCUGAAAUAUUUAUAGCGGCAAUCGCGAAUCAGGUAUGACAUGUAACAUCACCCCAACAGGAUGAGACCGUGAGAAAGCCUUAAUUCCAAGAUGGCCAUGCAUGAGAGUAUCCAGUAUUACAGUAAUGGCUACGUGGUUGAGAUUUUGGCCAACAACAAAACAGCGUGCAGCAGCUGGCUCCUGCUGCCGGCCGAGAACCUGUGGCCGGACGCGCUCCGUGGCUUCCUCUACGUCCUCGCCAUGAUGUACCUCUUCAUGGGCAUUGCCAUCGCAUCCGACGUCUUUAUGUGCAGCAUCGAGGUGCUGACAAGCAAGAAGCGCAUCAUCGUGCGGUGGGACGAGGAGAAGCAGGAGAAGGUGGAGCGGGAGAUCCUCGUCUGGAAUGAGACCGUCGCCAAUCUCACCCUGAUGGCGCUCGGGAGCAGUGCCCCGGAGAUCCUCCUGGCUACCAUCGAGGCGAUCACGCGGCUCGGCUCAACCAACAUCAUCGACGCCCUUGGCACCUUCACCAUCAUCGGCAGCGCGGCGUUCAACCUGCUGAUCAUCACAGCGAUCUGCGUGGUGACGGUGCCCACGCCCAACGUGAAGCGGAUCAAGGAGUUCGGAGUGUUCCUGCUGACCAGCGUCUGGUCCAUAUGGGCCUACCUGUGGAUGCUGCUCGUGGUGAAGUUCAUAUCGCCUGGGGUCAUCGAGAUCUGGGAGGCCUUCGUCACGCUCGGGUUCUUCCCCACCUUCGUCAUUAUGGCGUACUGCCAGGAUAACGGCUGGUGGCUGUGCCGGUCGAAGAGGGUCGCGGGCGUUGAAGAAGAAGAGGAUGAUAAUGUGAGAAUUGUGAUGGGCAACCGUCGACCAUCAAUGUUGGGACAUGUCCCAAAGGAGCUCCAUGUUCUGGAGGCAGAAAAAGCACACAGAAUGAGCAUCGUGAGUUUACACUCUUUAAAUAAGGGGAGACGGAGUACUAUUUUCGAAGAGCGGCGACUGUCUCGGGCAGCACCAAACCUGCCCCCGUUGAGGGGAUCGCCUAGUUGUAACCAAGAGUCAUCCCGCAGUGAAUCUGGCAUUAGGUCGGAAUGGCUGUCCGACACGGAAAGUGAUGGAAGGCCUGAAGAGGAGCAAUCUCCGCCACUGAACCGUAUGAUUGUGCGGAAGUCUCCGAAAGAACCGCAGACGUUCGCCCGUGCCAGGUCUAACAGAAACUCAGCUGAUUCUGAUACUGAUUCUGAUGAUCCCAGGUUUAGACACGCAGCUGUCAGCACUCUUAUGGGUGGAGCGAAGUUGAGGUCAAUGGCGGCUCAGCGCAACCCACGGAUGGCCGAUGUUGUUGCUAAGAUGCAGACACUACACGAGGCCGUCAAGCAAGGAAAACCUCCAGAGGGUGAUUUGGUGGGGAAGUUCACCUUUGCAUCAGACAGAUACGCUGUUCUAGAAAGUGCAGGAAACCUCCAGAUAGACGUACUAUUCCACAGACAGAUUCUUUCAAAGAGUACAGUCAGUAUGCUGGAUCAGGAGAGAGUCAUCUUUAAGAACGGCAACGUCACCAUCCCGAGUUCGGGAAACUUAGCCGACACCGAGAACGAACCAGCCACUGCCCUCGGAGUGGUUUCCGUCGACUAUGAGACGAGAGAGGGCUCAGCCAAACCUGGCAAAGAUUUCAAAUUCAGCAAAGGAACUCUGAUUUUCAAGGAGACCGAGUACCAGAAGUCAUUCUCGGUGUCGAUAAUAAACGACAACCAGUAUGAGGCUGACGUUGACUUCUACAUCAUCUUGAAGAAUCCUAAAGGGAUGAGUGGGCUCGGUGACCCCAGCGUCGCACGGGUCACCAUCGUCGAUGACGACGAACCAGGUGAAUUUUCUUUUGAGGAAGGUACCUACCAUGCUGAUAUGAAGACAGCAAAGGUCACUGUGAAGGUCAUCAGAGAGCAUGGGUUUGAUGGGAAAGUGAAACUGGAGUACUCGACAUUUGAUGGGACAGGUAUAGGUGGCAGCAAGCUAGACCCUAAGACUGACUACAUAUCAUCACACGGGGAGGUCCAGUUCAACCACGCCGAGACGUACAAAACUAUCACCGUGGACGUGAACAAGUCUAUUAAGACACCCAAAAACUUUAUCAUUGCCUUGAGGAAUGCAAGUUUAGGAGCCAAAAUUGGAUUGAGGAGUGCAGUGGUUUGUCAUAUUAAUAAAGAUGACGAGGUCACUGAAAGGAUUGCUGAACUCCUUGAUGAACAAGAAGAACCAGAAGACAACACAUGGAAGUCCCAGUUUUUCAAUGCCAUGAUCGUGGGCUCCACUGUUGACAAGGACGGGAAUGAAGUCCCGCCCAAGUGGAAUCACUACCUCAUGCAUUUCUUCACAUUCUUCUGGAAGGUACUAUGUGCCUGCAUUCCACCGUCGUCGUGUUUAGGUUCAUGGCCAGCGUUUGUCCUGUCCCUGGCAGUCAUUGGACUUCUGACAGCCUUUGUGGAGCAGCUGGGACACUUGCUGGGCUGUGUGGUUGGCUUGGAAACCAGUGUGACUGGUAUUACAAUUAUUGCUCUGGGGACCAGUCUACCAGACACGUUUGCCAGUCGAACUGCUGCACGACAAGACGAGUAUGCCGACGCUGCUAUUGGCAAUGUCACAGGAAGCAACAGUGUCAAUGUAUUCCUGGGUCUCGGCAUCCCGUGGGUUAUCCGCACUAUAUAUGCUGUUGCCACGGGAACGACGUUUAGAGUGAAAACGACAAACCUCACGGAGAGCGUGAUUAUAUUCUCUGUGUGUGGAACGCUAUGUAUCUUUAUUCUGCUCCUACGGCGAAAGUUUGUCGGAGGGGAACUAGGAGGCGAGAAAGCUCUUCCCAAAUAUCUGACUGGUGCUUUCCUAGUUUUACUAUGGGUGAUCUACAUUGUUCUGUCCAGUCUUAAAGCCUACAACAUCAUCUUUUGAAUGCUGCAACAACAACAACAACAACAACAACAACAACAGCAACAACACCCAGCUAGUGUCAUAACUAAACCACGCUCGAAUCAUGUGUGACAGACGUUUGUAAUGCUGUCAUCAUAUCCAGUCUUAAAGCCUACAACAUCAUCUUGUGAAUGCUGCAACGACAACAACAACAGCAACAACAACACCCGGGUAGUGAAAUAAGUAAACAAGGUUUGAAUCAUGUGCGACAGACGUUUUGUAAUGCUGCUGCUGCUCUGUUGAUAUUCAUAAUGGACAAGGGACCAUCUGUGUCAUCUUCUUGUGGAACGAGAAAAGCAAUGCAGAUUCACGUACAGAAGUGAGAUUGAUAAAACAAACAAAAACAAUUGCAGGUUCACAAAUUACAACUUGCUGUGUGCAGUCAACUUCUGAUAUUUUAUAUUCAAACUGAAACAAUAGACAAGUUUGAGUGUGCAGAUUUUUAUUAUUAUUAUUAUUAUUUAUUAAUUAAUUAAUAUUAUUGCACAGUUACCUUGAAUUGUGUGUAUGUUUGGCUGUUCCAUUAGAGGAUAUAGGUGUGGGAUUGGAAUGGGAUCGGGUGAUAGUAAUAUAAUAGACUGAUAUUCAGUAUAUGCAACAAACAGUGAAGUGUUUGCUUCAUAGAAAGUGAAUUUCAACAGCUCCAUCUGUUGUUCAGAUCAGAAAGAGGUUGAGAGAAAUGAACUGCAUCGUGGGAUAUGUUGCUUUUUUAAGUAAGUACAAGGAAGCAUUGAUACAUGGAACAAAGUGGGGUGGGGGGUGGGGGUGGGGAGGCUUCCACCCCUACCUAGUUAGGGCCAGGGCCUGUGUUUAUAUAUUAAACUUUUAGAGUCCAGACUCAAUCUCUAAUGAUGUCACAUGCAUACAAUUUGUAUGGUGUUGUCAUGACAUUACUGUCUCAGACUCAAUCUCUAAUGAUG